AUGUUUAUAAUUCAUACAAAACUAAUUGCCUAAUUCGCUAAGAAACAAGCCCUCAAAUCAAUGUUUGCACCCAUUCAAAAGUCUCAACCAAUUAAAGAGAGCGAAGAAUUCAAGGAAGUCAAGAAACUCUUCUCCAAAAUCAACGACGAAGACAACAUCAAAUAAAGCAUCCUCGAGAGCUAUUAGCCUCAACACAUCCUCAAACAAAUCGACACCAAUCUGACCAACUAUUUCCGAAAACGUGCUGUAGACAUCAAAUCCAUUAAUUUCCUCUUACAAGCUGUAGUUGCAUAAAACAAAUUUGAUCAAAUUGAUGAAAUACAACAAUUCAUGGACAAUCUCAAAAUUAAACCCAAUCAAUAAACAUACAUGUGCUUAAUCAAUGCAUAUGGUAAGUUCAGAAAUGUCCACAAAGCAGAAGCUUGUUAUCAUAUAGCACAAAAAUGUAUAACUUAAUAUUAUUGAGAAUUUGGAUCCUCCUUGCAUCUCUAUAAUACAUUGAUUAACGUGUAUUGCAAGAACCUUUAAUCUGAAAAUGCUUUGAGAAUAUUUAAUGAUCUCAAAAGAGAUGGAUUCGAGCCAGACAUCCCAAUCUACACAACCCUCAUUAACUCAUUCUAUAGAGUCAAACAAUGGAAGAAAUGCUGGGAUCUAUUUGACGAGGCCAGAUUAGAAUCCCACUUAAAACCUGAUGAAAAUCUCAUUGGCUUGAUGAUCGAAAUCUGCGCAGAUGUAAAUACUUCUCAAUAUCUCCUAUUAUAGACACACGAAGCUGAAAAGGCAAUCCAACUCUACGACUAAAUGAAUGACAUGGAAUUUAGAGACACCACCUACAUCUACAAUUCAAUCAUCAAGGCCUUGGGUUCAAGAAAAGAUGUAAAAUUUACUCCUCCCUUCUUAGUACGCUGAAAAAGCCUUGGAGUUCUAUCGAAAAAUGAUCCUAACAUCUGUUCAAAUAGAUUCCGAUACUAUUGUUUGCACUUUAAAGGCAUGUUCACAGUGUGGCGAUGUCAAAAUUGCUCACGAAGUCAUCAAACUAAUGAAAUAGUACUAAAUCACGCCAAAUAAAUACAUCUACACUCAAAUUAUUAGAGUCUACAUUGGAGCCUGUUCCUUGCCAAAUUUAGACGGCAAAAUCGUUGAGGAAUACAUUAAAGAUGCUUGGAAGAUAUUCAAUGAAGCAGCCUCAAAAUAAAUGAUAUCUCAAAGAACUCUUAAUUCUAUGUGUGAAUUAAUGGUAGCAGCCAAUCGAUUGCCUGAUCUUGAAGGUUAAGUUCUACCGUUGUUUGACUAGUAUCAAAUUCAAAAGGAUCAAUUCACUUAUGAAUAGAUUAUUAGUAAUUUUAUCAAUUGUAUUUACAUAGAAAUAUUGUUUAACGAAAAAAGACUAUUAGAUUUGUAUAGAAUAUUUGAUACUGUCACUACUACAAUGAAACCUACAUUCUAAAGUGUUUCAAAUUAUCUUGAUACUGCAAUAUUAUUGGCAGACGAAGAAAAAGUGAUUGAUGCACUUGAAUGGUUCAAAAAAAUUGGUACUUCAGAUUAUUAUAUAAUAGACAGAUAGCCCAAAUAUAAAUAAAUCAAGUAAUUAGGCACAAUGAAAAAUCUACCUUUAAGAAUUCAUGCUCUUUUGAAUGAGUAUGAUGCCAAAUUCGGAAAGGUUAGUGAUAGUGUUUAUAGAAUGGAAAAUAAUUAAAGAUCUGCAGUUAAAAAUGUGUGAUGAUUAUUAUUAUGCGUUUAUAUAUUACAAUCAAUGUG